AUGGCUUUUGGCAAUGGUGUUCUCCGCUUUGCUGAUUUUGGUGCAUUACCAAAACGAAUGUUAGCACCAAUCGAAGGUUAUGAAAAGAUACCGUUGAUAACGCUCGAAGAAGCUGUGAAGCCUCUCGUCAACAUCGUACCGAAAGUGGAGCGAAAUGUCAAGAUCGUCAAAAAAAAAUGUCAAGAAUCCGAAGAUGGCUUAACAACUGAUGAAUCGGCUGCAAUUAUGCUUUAUACUUAUGAAUCAAUGCCACAUGAAGAUUCGUUGUACGUUAAACUCAACGAAACUGAUGAAGCUGAAGUACUUUUAUUAAUCCACAGAAAAUUUCAAGUCAAAUCUUGUCUCGAUUCUGGCCAUGGACUUCAUAUUGUACAACUCGAAGAACCGAAGCCACAAUACAAUCUUCUAGAACCAGUUCCAUUACCAGAUCCAUUGGUUAAACGCAAAAACAACUUUCAAGUGCCAUCGUCACCAAUAGUAGUAUCAAUGGCGGUUUCAGUCAAACCUAAUGCUGAAGCCAUGGAAGAACAUUUUUCAACAAUGCAACUCAACAUGAAUACAAAAUCACGAGUCGCUCCAUUACAUGGAAGUUCAAUUGACAUUCAUCCAAAUGCUCGAUGGCAACAGAAUGGUGUCACUAUGACUAGAAGAAAUGGACAAGGAAGUGGGACAAAUGGAGAAACAAUCAUCUCGAAAAUCGAUUGUCGAGAUUUGACAAUGGAUGAGAAUGGAUCUCUCUAUGUCGUUCAUGAAGGAAAACAUGAAGUGAGACGAUAUGGAAGAGAAGAAUCUCAAGGAACAGUAGUUGCAGGUGGCAAUGGAAGUGAAAAUCGUCUCGAUCAACUCUAUCGCCCACAAUACGUAUUCGUCGAUCGAGAUCAUUCAGUAUACGUGUCUGGGUAUGAAAAUCAUCGUGUGAUGCAAUGGGCAUAUCCUAGAGGAGUCGUUGUCAAUCAAUUGGACACUGUCUAUGUGCCCGACCGAAGAAAUGAUCGAAUCGGUUUAGUCCACUUUUGCCGAAAUUCUUCUUCGCCAACUACGAUUUUCGUCGAUUCCAAUAUCGCCGAAGGGAUUUAUAACCGAAAACUAUCGAAUCAAAUAUGAUCCGUUCUAUAUUUAACACUUUAUUAUAAUUAAUUAGCUUAUUAACAAAUCGAUUGAUUACCAUCUGAGUUGGUAAGAGUGGGUGUAGGGUGUGGACUUGACUCUUCUCUUUAUUUUAAUACAUGCCUACACCCAUACCUACUCUUACCAAUUCAGAUGGUUACCAACUUAGAUGGUAAUCAAUUGAUUUGUUAAUAAACUAAUUAAUUAUAAUAAAGUGUUAAAUAUAGAACGGAUCAUAUUUGAUUCAGUAGUUUUCGGUUAUAAAUUGCUUCAGAGGCAUUGGAAUCAGCGAAAACAAAAUUUCACGAAAAUGCAAUUUACCAUCGAAUCAUGCGAUAGCUCGAAAGAGCCACACAGGACAGUGUCAUUGUUGGUGAAAACAGUGAAGAAGGACAAUCGAACCAACUCAAUCAGUCCUUCAAUUUGUCAUUCGUUCCACACGACAAUCUCUUUUUCGUCGAUUAUAGAAAUCAUCGAAUGCGAAAAAUUCAAUAUCGAUUUAAAUGCAUAAGAAUACUGGUUUCAUGACAAGUUUAUUAAUUUUAUCUUUCACGCUGUGUGUGUUUUUCUCUAAAUGAAAUAAAAACAAUUAAUUAAUAAGAACAAUGAGAAUAAUAAAAAUACUAAUGAAAGGCUUCACUCAACGGAAAUUAUAACUAAACGAAACCACCACAGCACAGGGGGACAGGUAAAUGAAUUUCAGGAGAUUGGAAGGCUUGAAAUUCUUGAUUUCAUAUAAAUCAAUGAGAGUGCCAAAUUGCUUGAAAUGCUUGGAAAUCUUGGAUUUUCUCGUUUCCUUGAAAUCCCACACUGUCCUGUAGUACCUGAAAGUCUUGGAAUUCUUGGAGUGU